AUGUAUAUAGCACUUACCUCAACUCCUCUAGAAAUGAAUGCCAACAGUAUGCCUAAACAAGUGGAGGUGAGGAUGCACGAGAGUCACCUGGAGCCCAUUGAGGCCAGGCCCCAGUCCAAAUGUGCCAAAAUCUGCUCCAAGCUGUUCAAGAACCUUCUGCUCACACUCACCGUCCUCGGUGUGAUCUUGGGAGCUGUAUCGGGGAUGUUGCUUCGUGUUGCCUCUCCAAUUCACCCAGAUAUUGUGAUGGUGAUUGCCUUUCCUGGAGAUAUUCUGAUGAGGAUGCUGAAGAUGUUGAUCCUACCGCUCAUCAUCUCCAGUUUAAUCACAGGUCUGGCUGGUUUGGAUGCCAAAUCUAGUGGUCGCCUAGGCACCAGAGCUAUGGUCUACUACAUGUCCACCACUAUUAUUGCUGCUAUCUUGGGAGUCAUCCUGGUGUUAGUCAUCCACCCUGGAAACCCCAAACUGAAGGAGGGUCUGGGUGAGGGUGAAAAAAAUGAUGACGUGUCCAGCUUGGAUGCCUUCUUUGAUCUGAUCAGGAACCUCUUCCCAGAGAACCUGGUUCAGGCUUGUUUCCAACAGAUCCAGACAGUGACAAAGAAGAUAGAGGUUGUUGUUCCGGAGGACGUCAAUGCCACCACAAUGGAGGGCCUGCUGGCUAAUGUUACUAAGCAGCCUCAGUAUAUUGUCAAAAAGUCCCUGCAGUUCAAAAGUGGCAUGAAUGUUCUGGGUAUGAUUGGUUUCUUUAUUGCAUUUGGCAUCUGCAUGGGCAAGAUGGGAGAGAAGGCAAGACUCAUGAUUGAAUUCUUCAACAUCCUCAAUGAGAUCGUGAUGAAACUUGUCAUCUUGAUCAUGUGGUAUUCUCCCUUAGGUAUUGCCUGUCUGAUCUGUGGUAAGAUCAUUUCUAUCAAGGACCUGGAGGUGGUAGCCAGGCAGCUGGGCAUGUACAUGGUGACUGUGAUUGUUGGCCUCAUCAUCCACGGAGCGAUUUUCCUGCCCAGCAUCUAUUUUGUUAUUGUCAGGAAAAACCCCUUCACCUUCUUCUUGGGCAUCUUCCAGGCCUGGAUCACUGCCCUGGGGACAGCCUCUAGUGCUGGUACACUGCCUGUUACCUUUCGCUGUCUGGAGGAGAACUUGGGUAUUGACAAAAGAGUCACUCGUUUUGUGCUCCCAGUUGGUGCCACCAUCAACAUGGACGGAACUGCUCUUUAUGAGGCCGUGGCAGCCAUCUUCAUUGCCCAGAUGAACGGUAUCCACCUUGACCCGGGUCAGAUUAUCACUGUCAGUCUUACAGCCACUCUGGCCAGUGUCGGAGCAGCCAGUAUUCCCAGUGCUGGCCUGGUGACUAUGCUCUUGAUCCUGACUGCUGUAGGGUUGCCAACCCAAGACAUCAGUCUGCUGGUUGCCGUCGACUGGCUGCUGGACCGAUUCAGGACCUCAGUGAAUGUGGUGGGUGACUCCUACGGUGCAGGCAUCGUGUACCACAUGUCCAAGGCAGAGCUUGAAGAGCUGGAUGCACAAACCGCUAAGUCUGACGACAUCGAAAUGAUGACGAAGACCCAGUCUUAUUACGAUGACAUGAAGAACCACCACGAAAACAAUUCCAACCAGUGCGUCUUAACCGCUACCGCUACCACAACCGCCACUGCUAACAAUUCUGUUGUAGUAGAUGAAUGCAAGGUAACCUCAGCCACUAACGGCUCUGCUGCGGAGUGCACGCUUGUUGAGGAGGAACCAUGGAAACAUGAAUAA